AUGUCGGGCGCGUUAUCACAGGCCGGAGCGCAGCCCGAGCCCAUCUUUCGGGCUGUAGCGUCCUCGACGAAACCUCUCUACCAACUACUCAAGACUAUCAAUUUCACCAACAAAGUCCAUGUCCAGCUACAGGAGGACGGUAUCAGAUUUGCGGCCGACCUUUCGAGGGUCUUGCAAGGUACUGCGUUCCUCGACAAGAAGCUCUUCACCACGUACUCCCUCAACCUUGGUGACGGUGCCGAUAGCUCGCAACCGAACUUACCCAACUUUCAAAUUGCGCUGCCUGCCCUACUCGACACUCUGCAAAUCUUUGGUGCCGUCGAUAUUGCGACCCGCACACAAAGGGCGGAACAAGACUCAUAUCACAGCAACAUCCGCAAUUACCGUCCAGAUGCGUUUAGUAACCAGGCUCUGGGAAUCGGCGGCACUUGCAGCUUGAUAUACAAAGAAGAGGGCGGUCAAUUUGACAUCGUGAUUGAGGAAGGGGGCGUCAAGACCACGGCAAGCCUCACGACAUAUCUGCCGGAAAUCCCAGAGGAGAUUCCCUUCGAUCGGGACAACCUUUCUUUCAAGAUUAUUAUGCUGGCGCGCUAUCUGCUCGACGCGCUGGCCGAGCUGGCCCCCACCGGACCUAACCGCCUUACCAUUGCAGCCUCGAGGGCUUCGCCAUACUUAACCCUUUCCGGCGCCGGCGAUAUGGGCAGCUCCAGCGUGACCUUCGCCAAAGGACGCGAGCUACUGGAGACUUUUUCGAUCCACGAGGCAUGGUCGCAGUCUUACAAAUUCGAUCUGAUCAAGUAUUCCACCGAGGCGAUGCGCAUCGCAAGCAAGGUCAGCUUCAGGGGCGAUGAUCAGGGGGUUUUGAGUCUCCAGUUCAUGGUCGAGCAGGAGAAUGGGAUCAGCUUCCUGGACUUCCGGUUUGUGCCGUACAUCUCUCACGACGACGACGAGGAUGAGGAGGAUGAAAGCUUGGACGCCUAA